AUGAGUAAAUCGAUUCCAAUUGAGAGCUUGGAGAUGAAAAAGGAUUCUCUGCAAGACUCCCUGACUUCCAAUACCACAUAUUCCAAUGAAAUUCCACGACCUUCAAUCAUUGAUGAAGAAGAAAAAAUCAACCAUCAGCCUCCUCUUUCUUCUUCAUCUCAAACCGCUACAACCACCACUCCGAUUGACCCAGAUGAUGAUCCCAACAUUAACGGAGGGUACGCUUGGGUUAUUUUAGCAUGUAUAUUCACCAUCUCUUGUUGUUCAUGGGGUGGGAAUUCAAGUUUUGCCGUAUACUUUGCUUAUUACGAAACUCAUAAUUUAUAUCCUACUGCUACUGUAAUUGAUUUUGCUGCUAUUGGAGGGAUAACUUUUGGAGUUGGGAUUUUUUGUGCUCCUGUUAUCAAUUAUAUUAGUGGGAAGAUUACUCCCAAGGGAAGUUUAAUCAUUGGUAAUAUUUGUCAAUUCCUUGCUUUAUUCAUUACUAGUUUUGAUUCUCAUAAUCAAUUAUGGCAAUUAUAUUUAACUCAAGGUGUAUUACAAUCUUUUGGAUUAGCAUUUUUAGGAAUGCCUUCCUUCACAAUCUUACCCCUUUGGUUUCAAAAUAAAGGAAAUAAAGAAGAUUAUAGUCUUAAACGAAGAAUGUUAACUUUCUCUCAAAGUAUUAUGGCAGCUGGAACAGGUGGAGGUGGACUUUUAUUUAAUUUAGGAAUGCAAAAAGUUAUUCAAGUAUAUGGAUUAAGAUGGGCUUUACGUACUCAAUCAUUCAUCACAUUAUUCUGUGUUAGUAUCUCCAUUUUUUUCUUAAAGGAUAAAUCUAAGAAAGUUAAAGUUGAAUUCACCAUGUUUGACAAAGAUGUUUUCUUCUUUCCUGCCUUUUGGGGAAAUGUAUUCUUUGUGAUGUUCACUAUGUUUGGAUAUGUGGUUACAUUAUAUAGUCUUGCAGAUUGGACUAUUUCUCUUGGAUAUACUGAAUAUCAAGGUUCAGUUGUAGCAGGGAUGAUCUCAUUAGGGAUAAUCAUUGGUCGUCCUGCUCUUGGAAUUGCGGCUGAUAGAUUUGGAGCUAUUUUAAUUGCUAUAUUUCUGACAUUCCUAACCAUUAUAUUUGUCCUUGCCAUGUGGAUUCCAUCUCGAAAUUAUGCUAGUGCUCUUGCAUUAGGUGUUUUCCUUGGUGCUUUUAGUGGAGUUAUAUUUGUUUGUAUGACGAGUAUAAAUAUUUUAGUGAUUGAUUUCAGAAUGAAUAAAAUGAAUGUUACAUUCAGUAUGGGAGCCAUUGUAUUAGGGGCAUCAGCAGUAGUAUCUCCUAUCAUUGGAUUAUCCUUACAAAAGAGUCUUCCAAGUCCAACUCAAUAUGUUUAUUGUUCCGCUUUUGUGGGAGCAGCUUAUUUUGCAGCUUUAGUAGAUUUAAUUAUCUUAAGAGGAUUUUUAAUCUCAGUUAAAGAAAUUCAAACUCCUGGUUUAACUGAUAAAGAAUAUUUUAGUUUAAGACCCAAAGUAUCUCGAAUUUUAAGAAAUUCAUUAAAAUUAACUAAUGUUGGGUGGUUAUAG